AUGAAGUUAUUUGUGGUGACGGCUAUCUUGGCCACCAUCCUCGUCGUGUCCAUGACCGUCGAUGGAGCACAGUAUUCCGUGCACGUGACUCACGACCAAUUCGGUGGAUUUGGUGGAUUCGGAGGUGAUGGAUACGGUGGAGGCUUCGGUGGAGGCUUUGGCGGAGGAUCCGAGGAUGGAUCCGACGGAGCAGAUAUUUACCUUCAUGAAAGUGAGGAAGGUGGUGAUGAAGGAGGAAAUGGAGGAGGAGGUGGCGGUGGAGGAAGUGGAGGAAACGGUGGAUACAGUGGAGGCGGUGGUGGAGGCGGGGGUGGAGGAAGUAGUGAAUACAGUGGAGGCGGUGGCGGAGGAAGUGGAGGAUAUGGUGGAUACAGCGGUGGCGGCGGUGGUGGUGGAGGAGGUGGAGAUGAUUCUGGAGAAGGAUACGGAGGUGGCGAUCUGACCGGUUUCUACGGACAUAACGUACCUGACUACGAGUACAAGUACGGCGUCAAGGACCCUAAAACCGGCGACCAGAAGGAACAAUGGGAGAGUCGCCAUCACGAUUUCGUCAAAGGAGAGUAUUCCCUUGUUGAGCCUGAUGGUACAAAACGCAUUGUAUCGUACACAGCUGAUCCCAAAAAUGGUUUCAAUGCCGUCGUAAAGAAGAUCGGACAUCACGGUUACUAA